GUCAUUCCAAGGGGUGGGUCCUCCGGCGCAGAAAGGAAAACCCACCUUUUUCAUUGUUGGGGACGCGGUGGAAUGUGAUGGUUUGAUCUUACAGCACAGGGAAUGUGAACGUGGAGAAAAGACACAGAGAAAGCAAUCCGGUCAGAGUGAUAAAAAAUACAAUCUCCCCUCAUUUUCGCUCCCGGGUACGUCUAGCCAGCCGACGAGUAUGUGGAAGAACUUGUGUUCACCGUCACCGAGUCAUCUUGUUCGCUUCAACUACUCUCCGUAUCAAAUCGCGUGAACUUGUGGAUUACCUGCGUUUCGCGCUUCUCGCCAAGGCACGCGAUAGAUGGAGACGUGUUGGGGACCCGGAGGAGUGUAGUUCAUGAAGACGCUUUCUUUUAAAAAAGGAAAAAUGAUGGUUUCCCCUACUCAAAACCCGACUGUUGUCCCUUGACGCUACAAGAAGACAACAAAAAGACAGAAAGGCCCCCCAUUGUGAAGAACCAACAUCUCCCUUCCUUCAUCCAUUCUUCUGGACUCGAGUGGAGUACUAACCAGGACACCAGGGAUUGUUGCUGCUACUACCAACACAAAUGUUGGCUUUCCAAAACCUUGUCAAAUAACUUUUGAUCAGAAAUCAAGACCGCGCAUCGACACCUCUGUACCCACCAUGUCCGAGCACAAGGACAUGACGAACCGCCACCUGCGGCAUAAGCUGCAGAGCCUCGGGCGACGGCUGGACGAGUUGGAGGAGGCCACCAACAAGCUGCAGAAGUCCGAGGACGAGCUGGUCGAGCUGCAGGACAAGAUCAUACAGGCGGAAGGCAGCAACUCCUCACUGCUGGACGAUGCGGAGGCUCUGAGAAAGAGGCUCCUGAAGAUCCAAGGGAAGGACGAGGAGGUCCGCAAGUGCGAGGACCUCUGCCGCACAGUCCGGGAGAAACUGGAGGAGGAGGAGAGCCUCACCCAGCAGCUGAAGGCUGAGAUCGAACGUCUGCAGAGGCGGAUGGCCGAACUGGAGAAGCUGGAGGAAGCGUUCGGAAAAAGCAAGUCAGACUGUAGCCAGCUUUGUCUCAGCCUCAACGAGGAGAAGAACCUCACCAAGAAGCUCUCGUCUGAGUUGGACACCCUCAAGGCCCGUUUGAAGGAGAUGGAGGCGUCUGAGGUCAGGCUGGACAAGGCGGAGCAGGCCUUGGCUGCCGAGUUGGACAAACUCAAAGGCUUCACCCAGACUUUUGUGAGCGAGCGCAAGAGGCUACUGGAGAGCCAGAGGGACAACGAGAAGACCAUUCUGAAGCUGACGGAAAAAGUGGAACAUCAGAGGAAAGCGGGAGACCCCGGACUCGGGGACUUCAGGAAGUCGUGCAUCGAGGACGAACUCUCCGGGGGCCUCUUCAACAGCCGGCUGAACCAACGCAAACGAAGCCUGGACUACCUGAAGUCCUCAGAGGACAACGUCGGCCUACGGAACGAGAAGAACAGCGGCCUAGAAGGUCAGAGGGAGGAGGACAACAAGGUGAAAGAGCUGAGCCAGGAGGUGGAGAGGUUAAAGAACCGCCUCAAACAACUGGAGAUCGUCGAGGCGGACCUUAAGAACUCAGAGUCCAAGAACGGAGAGCUCCAGGAGAGGUUCCAGGUGGAGUGCACCAGAGCGCGACAACUGGGCGAGCAGGUGGAACAGCUCCAGACGCAGCUCUGCGCUAACGGGGACACGGAUAAUAAUGGCAGUAGCCACGGCAACAGGAACCCCAACCCGUGCCCCAAAACCCCUGCCAAAGUCCACGAGAACGGCAAGGCUGAGAACGAGGAGAUCAACGUCAAGGGGGGCUUCAGGGUCGAGAAGCCCAAGUACAGGAGCGCCGCAGCCCCCUCGGAGCCCGGCUCCCCUAAAGCCAAGAACCGGGAGCUGUCUCCUCAGCACAGGAGGGAGACCCGGCUGCGCAGCAGAGAGCCGAGCCAUCCGGACGAGAGCUCGACCAAUGCUGGAAGGAGAGCCGUCAGUCCCGCGCACAAAACCAGGAGGACGCCAAAGACCCCGACGACCACCACCUCUGAUAACGGCGUGAGAGAGACCGGAAGAGCAAUGGCUGAGAGGGCAAGAGAAGGGGCUUCACGCGGCGCCUCCGGAAGCACGUCCUCCGGUGAAGGCAAGAAGCCUUCGGUCUUAAGCCGCUACCCCCCAGCGGCGAAUGAUCAGAAGCACUGGAAGAGCGGCAAAAAGGAGACCGAGGUAGAGAGCAAGAAGAGCAAACUGGAGACGCGGUCCAAGGUGUACAGCGGCAGCGACAGCGAGUCCAACCACUCUGACGGCAAAGCCAACAGCGUCUCCUCCCAGGACAAGGACUCUAUCUUUGCGUCCGAUCUGGACCUGGACGCGGUCAAGGAGUCCGUCACUGUCCCCCUCUUGGCGUCGAAGGCCAACGGAUCCUACACCGCUUACAGGUCCCACGUCACGCCACUGUUGCCCGGCGACCAGGGUUCAGAAGGGGGUCACUCCUCCUCCGCCUCCGAGACGGAGUCCACCGGGUCUAGGCGGUCGGACCCCGACCGGGGGUCCGAGGCGUCCACCGUGACCACGGGGAGCGCCAGGACCGCCACCCCCAGGUACCCCCGGUACUCUGGCGUCCGCGACCCCCCCUCGGAGGGCUCCUCCCCCAGGAGCUCCUUCGACGAGGAGCUCCACAGCCGAGGGCCCCCGGCCGACCCCACCCCGUCGGGCAUCGACCUCCGCCGGACGUGCAGCCCGCGGGAGGCGCUGAGGUCCAAGGCCGUCAUCAAGCCGGCCAUCGUCGAGAGCGACCGGAAGGAGGUGAUGAUGUCAGAGGCGUCGGCCACCAACGGCAAACCCAAGAUCUCGACCAAGCCUGUGGCGAUCACCGCCGCCGGUAAGAUGACCAGCAGCAUCACCAUCUACCCCAACGACCCCGGCUCCUCCAGGACCAGCAGUCGCAGCAGCAGCGUGUCCAGCGAGCCCAUGUCGGGCAGGGAGCGACACACCUCGACCAGUAACAUCCUCAUAGGCCCCAGCAUGGAGCACCGCGGCAGCAUCUCCAUACCGUACGAAAUCUCCAUCCCCAAGAGUGACAUCCCGCUACGCACCUGCCCGGACUACGACGACCACGCCCCAGAAGACCUGCUCCCUUCCAGGUCCGGCCUCUACGACACCUCCAGGCUGGACACCACCUCCAGGCUGAACACCACCUCGAGGCUGGACACCACCUCCAGGCUGGACAACACCCCCAGGAUAGACACCACCUCCAGGCUGGAGACCAUCUCCACGAGCCGUCUCCUCUCCAACCGCAGCGCCUUCAGCCUCCUGUCCCCGGAAGGCCCAAGCACCACCACCUCCACCCCGGUGGACUUCAGCUACGACCCCGAGUCGGGCUUCGAGGGCAGAACCCCCGCCGCCGCCACCGCCCCGCUCAGCAGCUGGAGGAGCCAGACGUACGGCCUGCCCCUGCAGGAGGACAACCUGCAGGACCUGAGGCACGUGACGGUGAGGAGUACCUCGAGGAACCGGCUAGGCGUCAGCCCCAGCCCUGCGUCCACUGACCCCUGCGUUCGGGGGAAGACCAGUCCCCUGGGGCCCGGUGAUUUCGGAGGAGGCUGGGACGAGGAGGUGGCUACGUGCAAGGCCUACAGGGCCAACAGCGUCCUGGACGCAGAGGAGACGGGGAACGGCAGGAUGGGCGCCGGCGCUGGCGGGACGGCGCUCAAGGGAGCCAAGGCGUCACCCGCUGAUCUGUAUAUGCGAAAGAUUAACCAUGCCCCCGGCACCAGAGAGGUCCAGGAUCCUGGCGCCCGCCGGCUCAAGAGCUCCACGUCCCCCUCCUCAGAGGUGGCCGGGCUGGGCAGAGCCAUCGCUCACGAGCCCCUCAGCUCCCAGACAUGGGGCCGGUCGUUCUCACAACCCGCGCCCGCAGAGCGCCCAGACCCCGUCCCGGACCCCCGGCACAGCCCGGCCUCCUGGAGACGCCCCGCGCCCCCCAGCGCUGACUCCCCCCGCCUGGGCACCUCCUACGACCGGGGCCACAAGACGGCGGGGGUCUCCCCCAGGGAGCCGUGGUCCAGCAGGGGUCAGGGGUCAUUGGACCAGGGGGAGGGGAGGAGCGGGCCGGGGAGCCGUCCCUGGGGCCGGGAGCGGCCGGCGGACCGCCACUAGAGCAGCGGCGCUGGAUCGGACGUUCCCACCGGGGAGACUCGCACUCAAUCUCAACUGCUCCAGGAAGGCCCCCGGGGGGUCCCCAACAAACCCUCCUGGCUGCCCCCUCCUCCACCACCCCCC